UGAGGCGAUUUGAUUCUAUUUUCCAUGACCUUCUUACUUACUUGUUGAUUAUAAUAUUUGGAUUAAUGAUGUGAAUUUAAUUCGAUGAUACCAUACACGGUGAUACAGUAUGUAGAACUUCAACCCCCAUCAUCCCUUGCGGCACAGUCAACAUGGCGCACGUCUGGGGGACAAAAGGCGAGUCUGUCUGACAGUGGAUUGAAGCCCAAAUGGAAACCAGAUGAGACAUUUGUUUUUUUGGGGGGGGUAAAAACUUAACAUUAUACAACAUUAUACCGGCGUUCCGACAAAGAAGCCCGCAUGUUACAACUAAGGUCCUCUUGACUGGAAUAAACAAGGAUGUUCCAGCAAUGUGAGGAACCGCGUUUCACCAUCGAGCAGAUCGACCUCCUCCAGCGGCUCAGGAGGACCGGCAUCAAGCGGCUCCAGGUGGUCCACGCCCUGGACACCCUGGACCACCUGGAGCACCCCCGUGCUGACUCCUCCUCCAACCGCAAACCGCCGCCUCCGUCCUCCAUCGUGACAUCCUGCGCCACUCAGACCGACUUCCCCGACGACAGACUGUCGCCGAGCGGAAACGCCUUCGACGGCGGCGCACUGCUUCUCCCGCUCGCCGUAGCGACAGCAGCUCAGAGCAACGGGAAGCUGUCGCCUCUGGGCGUGGCGGCGCCGGGUUACGCCUUUGAUACGACCGAAGAUGAUGUGGAUGUUGAUGAAAAGGUGGAGGACCUGAUGAGGAGGGACAGCGCCCUGAUCAAGGACGAGAUCAAGUCCUUCCUGGCCAACAGGCGCAUCUCUCAAGCCGUGGUGGCCCAGGUGACGGGAAUUAGCCAGAGCCGCAUCUCCCACUGGCUCAUCCAGCAAGGAUCGGACCUGAGCGAGCAGAAGAAACGAGCCUUCUUCCGCUGGUAUCAACUGGAGAAGAACAACCCCGGUGCGACGCUGGCCCUGCGAGCUGCCCCGUUGGCCCUGGAGGACAUGAUGGACUGGCACCAAGCCCCGCCCACAUUUGCCCCCACCCCCGGGGCCUUCCGUCUGCGAAGGGGGAACCGAUUCACCUGGAAGAAAGAGUGUCUGGCUGUCAUGGAGAGCUAUUUCAGCGAUAAUCAAUAUCCAGACGAAGCCAAGAGGGAGGAGAUUUCCUCCGCCUGCAAUGCGGUCAUCCAAAAAGCAGGUAAGAAGCUGCUGGACUUCGAGAAGGUGACAUCCCUGAAGGUCUACAACUGGUUCGCCAACCGUCGCAAAGACCUGAAGAGGCGAGCCAACAUCGAAGCAACCAUCUUGGAAAGCCACGGCAUCGACGUCCAAAGCCCGGGCGGUCAGUCCAACAGCGACGAGGUGGACGGCAACGACUUCGCUGAGCAGAGUUGUGACGUGUCUUUGUUUGACAAGCGAGUUGCCGCCCGCCCCUUUGCCUUCGCUCGAGCCGACCUAUCGUCGCCCACCCAGGUUCCCACGCUGCUCCCCAGCUGGUUGGCUGCCCUGACCGCCCGAGGAGGCGUGGCCGGCCAGCACAGAGGCGGCGCCGUAAUCGGCCGCUCCCUCCUUUCUGGGGCAGGUGCGUCCUGGUCGCCGCCUUCUCCGUCCCUCCAGGAUGAAGCCGCCGUUCGCAGUGCGCUGGUCGAGCCCCGAGACGCGGCCUGUUUGGAGACGGCGGCUGUCAAUCAGGUGGAGAGGGCGGGGCCCAGCGAGGUUCAUGACGUCAAGACCGAGGCGACGGAGGAUGACUGAAGGGAGGGUGGGGGGUCGCAGUGCUCUUACGUAUAAGCCCCGCCCUCCUCCGUUAGGACCGCUUCCUCUCAUGAACCGCCACAAGCGUCUUCACUGUGAUCACAACUCAGCAGCCUCAAACUUCCUCUGACCAUCCAUACGUACAGUAUGGUAUACUUAUACUUAUAUCAUGUGACCUGAUAUGGCUCCGCCCCCAAAUAAGAUCUGUAAUGGAAGCAAAGAAAUGCUCUUUUUUGCUUUUUUCAUGUAAACUAAUUACAGCAAAAAUGCAGGAAAACGACAAAACAUAAUAUUUUUGCUUAUUUACACAUUCCCAACAAGCAACAAUUCUAUUCCAAAAUAUAUAUAAUAUAUAUAAUAUAUGUAAAUGUCAGAGAUGAGCAGAGGUAGCCUUUCUUUGCUUCCAUAACAAAGGCAUAAUUAAUAUUCAUAUAUUUAUCAUUAGCGUAGCAUAGUACUGUACUGUAUAUACUACAUACCUUUAUAUACAAUGACAACAUAAGCUUCCAGCGACUGAAGCAUUCACCAAAGUAUUACCUUUAAAAUUGACUUUUUAUUCAUUUUUACUGCGUUUUUAUGUCGUCAAACUACUCCAAAAUGCCUUUUUUUCAUCUUCUGCCGUGUGUUGUCAACACAAAGUGUUUAUUUCUUAUAAAAGGUGCUUUGGCAGCCGGUUACAUUAGCAGGAAUGCUAAGCUAACUUAAUAACGACGGCUCAAAUAAAUCCCAACACUGGCCAUAGAAAGGUGCAUUAUUAUGGUUUGUCCACCAGAGGGCAGGCAAGAGUUAAGUACCUCAUUGACUGUAAUGAAUUUCUGUUCAAGUGCCUUAUUUGAGUUGACUUUGUUACGGUGACGAGCCGCCAUUAUCACUGCAUGGAAUUACUAACUACCGCUAUUACCUCACAGGACUUGCUUCCAGCUGGCGGUCAGACACGCCCACACUAGCUCGGGUUCUGGCUGUAGCCACGCCCCCACACACACACGCUCUCAGAGCCCUCCUCCGUCUCUUUUUAACGACCCAAAUCUGAACCUGGCAUCCUUUCCAAAAGGGAAAUGCAUUCCAAUGAAAAGUUCCACGCUGAAAGGAACAAAGGGAAAAAGUCAUGACAAUACAUAGAAGGGAAAUAAUGGCAAUGUCCACCCCCCAGAAAAUAGUUGGAAUCUUCCGACAAUAAAGUCACAUUUUUCACUUCAGUCUUUUAAAUUGAUCGUGUUUACAGUCUUUUUUUUUUUUGCUCGUAAAAUUCUGAAUUGAAAACAUGAUUGACCAUAACAUAUUUUUAAUAAUUAUUUAAUUAACAAAUUAAAAAUAUUAUAUACAUAUGCUUUACUAUUAUAUAUAAAUAUACUAAAAAUUAACAACAAUUAAAUUGUAUUUGCAUGUCGAAAAAAGUGACAAAAAAUGUUACAACCAGAAAGUCUUUUUUUUUUCCCCCGAAAUUUUUUUUUCCACAUUCCAGGAAUGAAGUCCCAUUUUCAAAUGUUUGACUUUAUUCUCAGGAAUUUUUAUUAUUAGUUGUGACAGGAGGAAAAAAAACUAACGAAGCAAUUGAUUAAAUUUUUUUUUUUUUAAUUGCAACUUAUUUUUCUGUGCUCUUAAACUUACGGUACUUUGUCAUUUUUGGGAGCAGAAAAAAUUUUAAAUCAUGAGGAAAAUGUCCAAAUACUUUUGUUUUUAUUUCUGUAGAAUGACAUUCAAAUAGUAAUAUUAAGAGUUCAUUAAUAUUAGUUUGUAAUAUUGUCAAUUUUUUCCGGGUGCUAUGAAUUAGUUUAUUUUCCGAUUUGAACGUCCGUCGUAGCUUUAAUGGCAGCUGAGCUGUCGUCUUCAAUCUGCCGAGCAGAAUCCUCCAUCGUGCCAAAAUCGCCGUUACGAGAUUAUUUACCGAGUAGCUUUAAAUCGUACGAGCGUUCGGUGUGAUUUUUAAAAAACAUAAGAAUGGUGAAAUGUAACCAGUGUCCCUGAACGCAACAUGAAAGCAACCAUUUGUGCUUCCUUCAUCAUGGAAAAAAAUAAAAUCCAUAUGUUUCAA